CACAUGGUUAUGAGCUUUCGGGUCUCGGAGCUGCAAGUGCUUCUGGGCUUCGCCGGGCGCAACAAGAGCGGGCGCAAGCACGAGCUGCUCACCAAGGCGCUGCAGCUGCUGAAGUCGGGCUGCAGCUCCGCCGUCCAGAUCAAAAUCAAGGAGUUGUACCGGAGGCGUUUCCCCCGCAAGAUCCUCACCCCUUCGGACUUAUCCAUGCUCCACCUCCAGGCCGGGCAGCUGCCCUCGGCCACGGCCUUGACCCAGGGCGCCAUGUGCCACCUGCCUUACGACAACGGAGCGGUGGCCUCCGGCAUGCCAGCCGGCAUGCUGCCUCCCGUGCCGAUGCUGGGCUCCAAGCACGAGGCCGACGUGCCUCACCUGUCGCCCCCCGUCCACCCUGUCCAUCCGGACGUGAAGAUGCGGCGCCUGCCGUUCUACGACGUGUACGACGAACUCAUCAAGCCCACCACCCUGGCUUCGGUGAACAGCCAGAGAUUUGAGGAAGCUCAUUUCACCUUUGCUCUCACUCCUCAGCAGGUGCAACAGAUUCUCACUUCGAGAGAUAUCUUACCUGGUGCCAAAUGUGAUUACACUGUACAGGUACAACUGAGGUUUUGUUUAUGUGAAACCAGCUGCCCCCAAGAAGAUUACUUCCCUCCCAAUUUGUUUGUUAAGAUCAAUGGGAAGCUGUGUCCUUUGCCCGGUUAUCUGCCUCCCACCAAAAACGGCGCAGAACCCAAGCGACCGAGUCGACCGAUCAACAUCACGCCCUUGGUGCGCCUUUCGGCCACGGUCCCCAACACCAUUGUGGUCAACUGGUCGUCGGAAUUUGGCAGGAAUUACUCCCUGUCCGUUUACCUGGUGAAGCAGCUGACCUCGGUGACCUUGCUGCAGAAACUGAGAGCCAAGGGCAUCCGGAACCCCGACCACUCCCGAGCCCUGAUCAAAGAGAAGCUGACAGCCGAUCCUGACAGCGAGAUCGCCACCACGAGUUUACGAGUGUCGCUCAUGUGUCCGCUGGGCAAGAUGCGGCUGAUCGUUCCCUGUCGUGCCUUUACCUGCACCCACCUCCAGUGCUUCGACGCGGCCCUGUACCUGCAGAUGAACGAGAAGAAGCCCACCUGGACGUGUCCUGUCUGUGACAAGAAGGCUCCCUACGAGGGAUUGAUCAUUGACGGGCUGUUCAUGGAGAUCCUCAACUCUGUUACGGACUGCGAUGAGAUCCAGUUCAUGGAAGACGGUUCCUGGUGCCCCAUGAAGCCCAAGAAGGAGAACCAGGAAGUUUGCCAGCCGUCCGCUUACAAUGGACUGGAAGCCUCCCUGUACACAGUAAGUUCAGAGGGAAAGCCACUGGCCGAAAACAAGAAGAAGGUGGAGGUGAUUGACUUGACCCUGGACAGCUCUUCGGACGACGAGGAACUCCUGGCCAAGAAAGUGUGUUCUGUCGCCAUUGCAGCCAUCCCGCCAGCAGCCGGACCAAAAUGGGUUUUGAACGCAGACCACCAGACCUCCUCGGUGCUGCGGAGCCCCUCAAUGGCUGCGAUGGGCAGUGAAUUCCUCUCCAGCCUCCCCCUGUCAGAGUACCACCCUUCUUACCCGGUCCCUUCAGACAUUCAAGGUCUGGAUUUGUUUUCCUUUCUUCAAAGUGAAAAUCAGCACUACGGGCCCUCCGUGAUCACCUCCUCGGACGAACAGGAGUCCCUGAGCCAUUUUUUCCAGUAUCGGGGGCCCUCCCCGCAUUUCAUGAGCCCCCUGUCUCCGAUUGUGGUGGGAUCCCACAAUGGGGUCGGCUCCCCCACCGGCAGCCGCAUGAACAGCGUGGUCUCUUCACCCACGGCCAGCUUGCGGGAGAGCCACGGGGCCAUGGGGAGCAGCCCGGCUCUGCCAGGGUGUCGGCCGGACAUCAUCUCUCUGGACUAA